AUGGAGAGCGUGCGGGAGGAGAGCGCGCGGGAGGAUCAAAUGGAAAGGGUGCGGGAGGUGGCGGCGGGCGAGGGGGAGAAAGAGACGGAGUGCUCCGUCGCGGAGGGGACGUCGUCGACGUUGAUCUUCUGCGGCACGUGGAGCACGGGCGACGACCGCGACGACGGCCUGCCGGAGCGCCAGCGGGAGCCGGGGAGCGCCGCCAAGCGGAAGCGCGGCGUGUCGCCGCUGAGCGACGCGCCGCCGCCGGCGCCGCCGGCGGCGGAGCUCUCGACGACGCCGACGAAGAAGUUGUUGCGCCUGCGGCGGCUGGUGCUGAACCACGUCGACGAGAGGAGCGUCGGCGCCUUCUUCGGCGUGCUCUUCGUCUGCGUUGUCACCUUCGCGACGCUCGGCGUCAUCAACAUCAUGGACUGGCUCCAGCUCGAGCCCCUGACGGCCAUGUACCUCCACGGCGUCCUGGGCUGA